GUUUUUCGUACGUGUGACGGAAGAGGUUGGGCGGUUCGGGCGCUUCGGAACAUCCGACGCGGAGCAUUCAUUGGUGAAUAUACCGGCGAGCUGCUUAGUGAUGCUGAGACAGCGCGGCCUGAACGAACAGAUACGUACUUCUUCGAAACUAGAGUGGGAGAAGAAUUGUAUACAGUUGAUGCGCGUUUGUACGGGAAUUUCACGCGAUUCAUAAAUCACAGUUGUCGACCAAAUGCCACGGUAGGUAUGGUUGUUUGGGAAGCCCAACCGGAGCAGCUGAGUCAUAUUUGUAUAUUUGCCGCUGAGAAUAUUCCAAAAGGGAAAGAGAUAACGAUAUCGUAUGGAAAAUCAUGGUGGGACGCUAAGGUAUGA